GUUAUUUCCACCUCUCUCUCUCUCUCCUCUGUUUUCUCCGCCCCUCCUCCUUCCCCUCCCUCGUUAUUAAUCCCUCCCUCAGAUCAAAAAAACAAAAAAUCCCUCCCCCCACCCUCCUCUCUCUCUCUCUCUCUCUCUCGCGCGCGCGCCCAUGGCUUCCGCCACCAAAAUCAUCCAACCCCCAUCUUUCAAUUUCACCCCCAAUCCCACCGCAACCAGAUCUCCCAUCAUAUCCCUCUUCGAUCCCCUCAAAACCCACCACCACCACCACAAACUCCGCCUCAACAAACCCAGUUCAGCUCGCCGAUCCACCCCAAUCGCCGCCGUCUCCAAUGCCGUCAAGGUAAAGAAGCCCCAAAACACCGCCAGUCUCCCAAAUCCGCUGAUUACGAAAGAAGAGGGUUUGGAGCUGUACGAGGACAUGAUUCUCGGACGAUACUUCGAAGACAUGUGUGCCCAGAUGUACUACAGGGGCAAGAUGUUCGGGUUCGUCCACCUCUACAACGGCCAGGAAGCCGUGUCCACUGGAUUCAUCAAGCUGUUGAAGCAGCAAGACUCCGUUGUUUCCACGUACAGGGAUCACGUCCACGCCCUGAGCAAGGGCGUGCCAGCGCGCGCCGUCAUGAGUGAGCUUUUCGGCCGGACCACCGGCUGCUGCCGCGGCCAGGGCGGCUCCAUGCACAUGUUCUCCAAGGAGCACAACCUCCUCGGCGGGUUCGCCUUCAUCGGUGAAGGGAUCCCGGUUGCCACUGGGGCCGCGUUCACGAGCAAGUACAGGAGGGAGGUCCUGAAGGAGGCCGAUUGCGAUCACGUGACUGUGGCGUUUUUCGGGGACGGGACUGCGAAUAAUGGGCAAUUCUUUGAGUGUUUGAACAUGGCUGCUUUGUGGAAGCUGCCUAUUGUGUUUGUUGUGGAGAAUAAUUUGUGGGCCAUUGGAAUGUCCCAUUUGAGGGCUACUUCUGUUCCAGAGAUUUGGAAGAAGGGUCCGGCUUUUGGGAUGCCGGGUGUUCAUGUGGAUGGGAUGGAUGUGUUGAAGGUGAGAGAGGUGGCUAUGGAGGCCAUUACUAGGGCUAGGAGAGGUGAAGGCCCAACUCUAGUCGAAUGUGAAACUUAUAGGUUCAGAGGACACUCUUUGGCUGAUCCCGAUGAGCUCCGUGACCCUUCUGAGAAGGCUCAUUAUGCCACUAGAGAUCCAAUCACUGCCUUGAAAAAGUACAUGUUUGAUAACAAUCUGGCAAGCGAAGCAGAGUUAAAAGCCAUAGAGAAGAAGAUCAAUGAGUUGGUUGAGGAAGCAGUUGAGUUUGCCGAUAGCAGCCCUCAUCCACCUCGCACCCAGCUAUUGGAGAAUGUUUUUGCGGAUCCAAAAGGGUUUGGUAUUGGACCUGAUGGGAAAUACAGAUGUGAGGAUCCAAAAUUCACCCAAGGCACUGCUCAUGUUUAAGCAUAAUUUGGAAUUGGUCGUAUAAUGAGGAAUUUAUGCAGGCUUUGGAUUCAUUGUUCUUUUUGUUUCAAAGGUCCGUAGCUAGCAAUAACUAGCUUUCAGUUCAUAAUUUAUCAGGUUUCACUUGAAAUGAGCAGGAUUUGAAAUAGGUUGUUUCUUGUAAUCAGUCUUUUUGUUGCUUUCCGUUAAAAAAAAAAAAGAAGAGGGUCUUUUUGUUGCUUUUCUUCCUGUGAUUUUGUUCAUUGGACUGGAAACUCUCCAGUGGAAUCUGUGCCUUAAAUUUCAGUAUUGCUUAUAAACGGUUUAAGCUCGA